AUGGAAACCUACCACGGGUACGUGCGGACACCCGCAGACGCCAUCAAAUUAUUCGAGGCCUGCCGGCUAGGGUUGCUACCUCGAGUCCAGAGGCGGCUCUCGGAGAAGGAGAGGCAGUCUAUCAGAUCCGGCUCGGUUUUCGUAUGGGAUGAGAGGGAGGCCGGUAUGCGUCGGUGGACCGAUGGGAAAUCAUGGAGCGCCAGUCGAGUUUCGGGCAGCUUCCUCACAUACAGAGAGAUGGAGGGCAAGCGAGGGACCGGAUUCGGCGGCGCGCGACGAAGUAACGGCAGGACGCCCGACAGCGGCCGAUUAAGCGACGAAGACCCGGACGGCGAGCCCGAGGGAUAUAGGUAUAAGGCGGACGGCUUGAUGAAGCAGUCUUUCAGCAUAACCACGUCGCAGGGCCAGCACCUUCACCUGAUCUCGUACUAUUCCAGACCUCACGCCGGAGCUCCCGAUCUGCCUCAACCGAGCACAGAUCCCCAGCUCCGUCAUAUAGUACCCCUCAAAGGCAUGUACCCAGAAUCGAGCCUACACGAUACCACCCCGCCCGCCAUGACGAGGACGCCCAUGCAGCCGUAUGCGAGCCACACCACGCCCAUCGAUCAGCCAGGCUACGGUUACUCGUGGGGAGGGCCGUGGCAAAAUCAGGGCCAGUGGCCACCCUCGCCCAACCACACGCCUCCUUGGGGCCAAGGGAAGCUCACGCCGGAAAUGAAGCCGCAGCCUCGACCUCAGGUUCACCACCCCGUGCAGCGGCCGCCUCAGCUCCCUCACCAACUUCCUCAACUUCCACCACAGCUUCCGCCGCCACUGGCUGCAGCGCCACCGAACCAACCCAUCUACCCCAAGGCCCUCGGCAAUGGAUACGAGAAUGAGCGACUGCCUCCACCGACUCUAACCAUGCCGUACUCGCUUCCUCCGCGUGCGCCGAGCCUAUCCCCGCAAUCGCGCCAGCUUCAGAUCCAGGCUGCUAAAGCGGCGCAAGUCGCUCAAGCCGCGCAGCCUAUGCCGCCUGCCAUCGACCCCCGCCUAACUGCGACGAGCGCGCGCAACCCCCAAGGACCGCUCCCCGCGAUGCCGACGGCCCCGCGGGGCGGCUUGACGCCGCCUAGGAUGCAUUCUGUGUCACCACCACGAACGAUGGGCCCGGAUGCAGUUAUUGGCAGCGCGAACAAGGCCAGCCUGUCAGCGCUGCUGAACAGGACGCCGGCGAGCUCGGAGCCAAACAGCGCAAACCCGGGGAGCAACAGUGCUGGUAGCUCGCCAAGGGCACUGUCCAACUCGGUGGCGGGCCCCGCAGGUGGUACCGACAUGUUUCGAGGAGAAGAUACCAGGGCUCUCCGAUCCCUGGAUCGCAAAUUUUGCAGCUGA